AUGCGGGCUGAUCCUGAGCCCAGCCAGGCGGCCGCGGCCCGAGCCAAAACCCAGAAGCGGCCCAGGCCGCAGGCGGGCCUUGGCCCACUUGGGGGUACCGGGCUGGGGGCCCAGCUGGCCCUUGUAUCUGUGGGCCGAGGGAACCCAACCGGGCCCGCCCAGCGCAACCGGGCCCACGAGGCCGGGCGCCGGGGUCGCAGGCCGGUGGGUGCGGGCCGGGGCGCGAUCCGCGACGCGGGCGUGGCCCACGCAGUCGGCGCAACCCGCGCUGUUGGCGCUCUUUGCGCCAUCGGCGCACCGACUCCUGGGGACGUGUCGGGCGCGGAGAACGCGCCCGGUGCUGGGGUUGAGCGGGCCCAGGAUAUGCUGGGCCCAUGCGAUGAUGCGCGCGGCCGAUGGGCCGCGCGGUCUGCUGGGGAACCGCGGGCGCUGGGCCCUCAGGCCCAGCCCGCAGUUGACUCUUUGGGCCACGUCACAUUAGGCCCACAGGCCCACUCAGAUACGGGCCUGGGGGGUCGGACUGGACUUGCGCUGCAGUGCCAGAGCGAGGAACCAGCUGGGCCUUUUCGGUUUAGGCCUCCUCAUCAGGGAGCAGAUUUGGAGCUGGGUCCCCCCGCACACGACGAUCAUGCUCUUCUCACUUUGGGCGUGACGAGUGGGGUUCAGCCAGGGGACGUGCGGGUGGGCACUGACCAUGAUGGAGUCUUUCGGUUUGGCCCUUGGCCUCCGGCUGGGGAUGAGCAGCGGGAGGCUGCAUCCAGUGGGAGUGGGGCCAGGGACCACCUCGUGCCGCUUUCGCAGGGGUGUCAGGCCGUACCGCUGAUGACGGGAGGGGGCACGGACCACACGACUGCUGUGCAGCGUAUUAGGGCGGCAGUCAUGCAGGUCGUAUCUGGUGAGCAGCGGGAGGGCCCAGGUAGCAUGCUUGAGGCUGGCCCCGCGGCCCAGGGGGAGGAUGGGUCAGAGGCCGACUACGUGGACUGUGAUCCAUGA